AUGCCUAUCCAAGCUGCCCCCGGAACCGUGGGCAACCUGACCCCAGAGCAGGAAGUCAAACUUCAGGAGUUUUGGGUUCUGCUGCUGAAGGUAUGCGGCGUUAACGUGGAAGAGAUUGAAUCGAAUGGCGAUGUCGCCACGCCCCCAAGCCCGUCGUCCCAGAAGAAAGCGCCACCAAAGCGGAGGUUCACCUUCUUUGGUGGAAAGAGCAAUGACGAGGAGGAGGACACCACAACAAAUGGUGUUACAAAUAGCAUUGCUUCCAUCAACAUUACCGAUGGAGAUGACAAAUAUGGACAGUCCAAGGAAUUCCAGCAAGCAAUUACCGACAUGAAGCCUGAGGAGAUCCGGGUUACACUGUGGAACAUGGUUAAGCAAGAUAACCCCGACUCCUUGCUCCUGCGCUUCCUUCGGGCGCGCAAGUGGGAUAUCAAGAAAGCGCUCAUCAUGUUGGUCUCCACAAUCAGAUGGAGAUUGCAGGAUGUGAAAGUCGACGAUGAUAUUGUUAAGAAUGGCGAGCUGGCUGCCCUAGAGCAGUCGAAGAGCUCGGACCCUGAAGAGAAGAGGAAGGGCGAAGAGUUCCUGAAGCAGAUGCGCAUGGGUAAGGGUUAUAUCCACGGUGUUGACAAAGAUGGACGGCCUAUUUGCGUUAUCAGGGUGCGCUUGCACAAGCCGGCUGAUCAGAGCACGGAUACUCUGGAUCGGUUUACGGUAUACACCAUUGAAUCUGCCCGGAUGAUGCUCUCGCCUCCAGUUGAAACAGCUUGUGUGGUCUUCGACAUGACCAACUUCUCUUUAGCAAACAUGGACUAUCAUCCAGUUAAAUUCAUGAUCAAGUGCUUCGAGGCUAAUUAUCCCGAAUGCCUGGGAGUUGUGCUUAUCCACAAAGCCCCUUGGAUCUUCUCCGGAAUUUGGAAUAUCAUUAAGGGCUGGCUUGAUCCCGUGGUUGCAUCCAAGAUUAACUUUACCAAGAAUGUCUCAGACCUUGAGAAAUUCAUCCCCAGGGAUCGCAUUUAUAAGGAGCUUGAGGGCGACGAGGACUGGGAAUACAGCUAUGUAGAGCCCAAGGCUGAUGAAAAUAAGACGAUGGAAGAUACGGCCAAGCGAGAUGAGUUGGUCAAGGAAAGGCAACAACUUGCUCAAGACCUCCAGGAUGCCACGAUCGAGUGGAUCACGGUCAGCAGGAAGAAGGACCAGGAAGCCAUUAAGGCAGCGGUGGAGAAGAGACAGGCGCUCAUUGAGCGAUUGAGGGUUCAAUAUUGGCAGCUCGACCCGUACAUUCGCGCUACCUCGCUAUACGACAGACUGAACAUUCUUCAGGGCGGUGGAAAGAUUGAUUUCUAUCCGGCUGAGGCCAAAGUGAACGGAACUGCUACGAAUGGAACUGCCACGAACGGUGUCACGAACGGCACAUCCAACUAG